CGCAUACGUCGAUGGCCAGUGCAAGCAGCGAUUUAUUAGAGAAAUAACUAAAUAUAAAGGAACCAUUUGGAACAAACAAAAAAGUGGAUUCGGGGGCUAUUGAGUGCUUCUCGCGAGCGAGAAAAUUGCGACAGAGAAAUGAGGCAAAUUUAGCCGAACGAAAGAAAAUUUUUGGUCGCCAGAGCAAACUGUUGCUGCUGCUGUUGUUGUAUCUCUUGGUGGCUGGGGCACCAGGGUGCUUGCUGCUGGUGGCAGUUUGUGUUUGGUGGGUGACGGUGCCAAAUGUUGAUCAUGACCGCGUAAAAAUACGUAUAAAUAUAAUUAAAACCGAGAAACAGAAACAAAAUCAAAGCAAACAAGUUCGCUUCACACGAUAUUCAAAUAAAAAUCCCAAACGAAAAUUGUAUAACGGCAGCGAGAUGAACAGAACGAUAUUGCACUGGAGCUAUCUGAACUUCAGGGAUGUGCCGAUGGACCUGUUCCUGUAUGAGGAUCUAGAGGAGGUGUACCUCAAGGAGAACUUCAUUUCGGCGAUACCCCAAUGGCUGCUGAGCAUCACGACCCUCAAGUUUAUCCAUCUAGCGGGGAACAACCUGACCGAAUUGCCCAAUGACAUCUAUAUGCUGGAGAACCUUGAGUUCCUCGAUGUCUCCAACAACGAGCUGAAAGAGCUGCCGCCCACCCUGGGUCUGCUGCUCCGUCUGCAGCAGCUGAACGUCUCCGGCAAUCGGCUGACACAACUACCAAAGGAGAUGAGCAACUUGCGCAAUUUGGAACAGUUGAACAUAUCCAAGAAUCGGUUCCGCCGCCUCCCCAUACAGCUGUGCGAAUGCGUCCGCCUCAACGAGCUGAACCUGAGCGACAAUGAGAACCUGCUGCACAUACCCGAGCGCAUCGCCAACCUACCGAUGCUACAAUCCCUCGCAGCUGAUCGCUGCGCUCUCAUCUACUUGCCGGCUGCUCUCUCCAAGUUUAUGAACCAUGUGCGCAUAUUUCACAACACGUCGAUCAACUACUUGCCCAUGAUCUACGAGAAGUUCUAUCAGAACUUCUACGACAAUCGCCAGAAGUUCACACCCAUUACCAUUAGCCACAAGGGUCUGUUCUGGGUGCGGGAGCUUGCUACAUACAAACGCCUGCUGCUUCCGGUGGGCACGCGAAGAGUCUUCGAAGUGCCCUCCAAGGAGAACCGGAUCACGCUCUACGACGACUGUUUGCAUGCCAUCCAAACGCUGAACCGUCAGGUGCCUGUCUACGAGAACAGUGCCCUGCACCGCCUCCUCCCCGAGCCUUAUAUGAGCUCGCAGAUCAACAAUGGCGCCAUCGCCCGCUGCACGACUACCCAAUGCUCGAGGUGUUUGUACACUACCUACUACUUCAUGGUUGUCAAGAGAUUUGGGAGCUCUUCAAAGCAACUUUUCACCUGUAACUUCUGUUCUCAAUCUUGCGCCAAUUUCUGGCUUGCAGCCAACAGCAGAAGAUACUUUCAACUCCCCUGGAGAGUCUCUGAUGAUGACGACGAAGACGUCGACAACGGUCCUAGGAAGUAAAUUUUGAUGGAACGUCCGCCUAAAUGUUGUACAAAUGCACUCAUAUACGUAC